CAGCUUCGUCGUUUGUUGGCAGUCUGUUUUCUCGUAAUUUCAUAUUAUACAUACCGGUAUACCCGUUUACAGAGAAACUAAUGCUAAAUAUUUAAAGCAUUUAACGUAUUUCGAUAUUUGCGACUUUCUGUUGGAAUUGUUAUGCAUAUUAUUUGAUAAUUUCAAUGAAUAUCGGUGCCACGUAUCCACGUCGUGUGUCAUCGUGAUGUCAUGACAAUGAUGGUGUCGAACUAGUACCAAUGAUGUCAUUGUAACGAACUCAAGAUGGGAGUUAGUAAAGACAUCGUCGUGUGUUUUCUCUUUCAAAUAUGUUUUAUAGGUAAUAUUAUAUGCACUGAUGAUGAACUUCCCAAGGAUUAUGCUAAUACUUUAUGUUGGAUGACAGAAGAAUACUCUACAGUUGGGGAGGAAUGCCAACAAUGUCAAGAUUUAGAUUAUAAGCUCUACAAUGAAGCAUGUAUUAAAACAGGAUACAAGGAAAAAGUCAAAUGUGAAUCAGGAACUGAAGCUUAUAAGAGCUGUGCUAAACCAAGUUGGAUUAAUGAGAAGGUGUUCUGGGCCUUGGAAGGUGUGAUGCUUGUUACUGGAUUGUCUUCAUGCUGGUUGGUGCACACCAGGAGAAAGAAAAUUGAACGAGACAUGAUGCAGAGGGUGCAGAGACAGAUUUCAGCUGCCGUGUGAAGCUAUACAUUAGUUUAUCUAUUUGUUGGCUUGUUUUAGCUAACUUGGACAGGAGUUGAUGAUAACAGUUGAUUCAGUUGAUCCUGAAGACACAUGUACAGCCAAAUAAAACUCUGGUUA